UGACAAAGAAUUAAACAAAGCCAAAUCACACUCACUAUAGUUCCAAUUUUCUUUUUCCCAUUAUUUGUUACUUUUCUUAAACAUUAUCGGUUAAUACUAUAUUUUCCCGUCCAAUUUUCACCUUCUUUUUUCAUUCUCUCUUUUGUUUUCGUUCUUUUCAUUAAACACGAAUACGAGCAUGGCACGAGCAUAAAUAGGCACUGCACGAUUCGAACCGUACUCGGGCCUGGACCUGAUCUAGCAAAGUUAACAAAUAAACUUGCAUGACACGGCACGAAAACUAACGGGCCGUGCUUAGCACGAAAAAAAUGAAUCCGAAGCGUGCAGGCCCAAACACGGCCUAGCGCUCAUGUAGAGCUAGAAUCCAAUUAUUUAAACGAAAUCGGUUGACCACCCGCGCCGGUGCGAACUGGGAACUGAGAAGACGGAAGCUGGCGUGCAAGCCAACGGCCGUCACACGCUUGGCACGUGCGACCACCCAAUUUCGAACCGAAAACCCAACCAGAAACUUGAAACUUUCACAUCGAAAUGAAGAAAAGCAGAAACGAACAAAUACGAAACAAAAGAAAUUAAUAAAAACAAAAAAAUUAAGGUUUGGAAAAGUUACGCGAAGCAGGAGAAGAGAAGGAACCGCUGCUCUCUCUCGUCUCUCGUCUGGCCUGGCUCCCCUCUGGUUUCCCGACGAAGCGAAAGUUAAAGGGUUUUUUGCGCCAUAGUAGACGAGCGGGACAAACAGUCGAAGUCGUGUUCACUGCAAUCCACUGAACCGAAAUUUCCGGCUGACUCGCGGCGGAGCUCUGCCACAGUUGCAUCCAGUUAGCAGGAGAAGCAGUGGUGGUGUUUGAUUUUCCCUCCUCGACGAAAGGUUAUACAAAUCCCUUUUUCUCCAUCUGAAUUAUUGCAAAUUUCGGGGUUCUUUUUUUGGUUUUUGUGUGUGCAAUUGUGGUUUGAGGGGUUUUGAUUUCGAUUCCGCGAUCAAUGGGUCUCCGCUUGCCUGGAUUUUACGUUCUGAAUCACCCGUAUGUAGGCAUUAAUUGAAGCAGUGUUUGAUGCUGAAUCCUCCGAUUCCCAUAAUUGUACCCCUGCAAAUGUGUAGCCGUAAUAAGUUAGGGUUUCUUUUCUGGGGACUUCGGUUCAUGUUGCUCAGGUUCUAGCUAGGGUUUCCUCUUCUUUGCCUAUGGUCUUUGGCUUACCCUUUUCAGGGUUUUGGUAUGUUCUUAUGGACUAUGCUGUCUGCGGCUCCAAUUCAUUCAUUUUCAGACUUUACUGUUUUCUGAAAUUUUAUUGUAAUCUGAUUUGAGAAUUUGAGGUUCCUUCCAUCUUUGAUUGUAUGCAGACCAUCAAUUUCUGCAUUAAAAUGAAAACCUUUCUUUAUUCUUAAUUAUUAAUCAAUCUUGGAGUUUUGGCACUUAUCUGCAAUGGCGACAUUUUGGAGCAGUUUAUGUAAGUUGAACUUUGAAAAUGCAGUUUUUUUAUUUUGUGUCUUAUCCCAGAGCAUGUUCUACUGGCUUGUUACAUGAUCCCGAUUCGUCUUUUAAUUUCACUCUUUUUCACUGUGUACAGAAGUUGUCCGAUCAAAUUCACAGUCCGCUUCUCUUAGCAUCUACAGAAUCACAUUCCUUAACCCCACCAGGCUGGGGGGAUAUAAUGUUCUGUUUCCAGAUGUAGUGCUAUACUAUAACUGUAACUCUGGUUUACUACGGUGAUAUGAUUGGAUGAAAAACUUUUCCAGAUUUUCUUUUUUGCUGUUUCCCCCCCUUAUCUUAGACAGACUUGGUUUUGAACCUUUUGAUACAGGAUAAACAUCAAUAUUGUUGCAUGUUAUCCUGUCCCCAACAGGAAGGGUGGAGUUGAGAUUGGUAUUGUCGAUUAUGUGCUGAACUAGAUUUCUUGUUUCUGCAUAUGAGAAUUUAUUUUCUUUUAUACGGAAUGCUCAAUUUAUUAGAACAUUUAGUUUCGAAAAGCCAUUCUCAGGUUAAAGUUAUCUUUGAUCGUACUCGGUUUGCAUUGGGAGGAGUGACUGCUCUGUGAUCCUUAAUAUAAUUUAGCAUUUGAUUUUUUACUGGACUUAGUUUGUGUCAAUUAAGCAUAUGGUGAUACUUCAUGCUGAAGAUCAGGCAUUCUGUGAUUGUGAUUUCUAUGCAUAUAAUGUAACCACUCUCCUUAUAGUUUAGGACACCCCAAUUUUAUGGCUAGGUUUUAGCUUGGAGAGUUCUUAAGCUAGUCAUGUUAUCCUUUUUUCAGGUCCUUACUGACUAUUCUUAAGAGCUUGAUGAAAGUCUUGAUGGACAACGGAGCAGUCAUUUAUAAAAGGAGUUUUAGUGACAGGCGAUAUGGUAUGUGAAACACUAUGACGAUUGAAGAUUUCUUUACCCUAACUGAGAUGAAAGAUGGGCUGACAGUCCCUUCUCGAGUACGUGAGCUGAUUGCUGUAAUGCAGAAGGAGAAAGAUUGUGUUGGUAAGAACAUUGGUGAUGCAACUAGGCAGUGGACGGCCGUUGGCAGCACAAUUGCUGCUACAGAGAAUAGGGAUUGUCUUAAUCUUUUUAUUCAACUAGAUGGACUCUGGUUUUUUGAUAGAUGGUUAAAGGAGGCCGAGAAUUACAGUCGUAGUACAAGUGAUGGGUUUAUAGAAGAAUCAAUCACUGCACUGCUAAGAGCAAUAGAGAAGCUGCAAAUAGACAAAUCCAGGUCUCUUUCUUCAGGGGUCUGGACAACUGUCAAUAGUCUUCUCGACCACUCUAGCUCACACAUUCAAGAUAGAGCAAGAGCAGUUUUUGAUUCUUGGAAGCAUGAUGAGGAUACUUGUGAAACUAAGCAUGAUAGCCAGAAUUCUAGGAUAUUAGAUGAUGUCAAUAUGAUUCAUGGUGAUGUCAAAGUCAAUAAGAAAGACAUUCCUGUUGAAGGAAGUGAUGAUGCCAAAAGAUGUGCAGCAGAGCCUUCCAGUGAUGAAGCUACACAAUCAAGAAGCGUGAAGUGCUCUGAAGUUGAUAGGGAUCAUCAAACUCAGGGAGUGUCUUGUAGCAAGCCUGUAGUAACGCAUGCAGCAGUCUUAGACGAUGCAAACCAGGGUGACAGAUCUGUGACUGAUUCUGUUAUAUCAAAUUGCAAUCAAGGUGACACUUCCUUCAAAGAGAAGACCUGUGUGGGAAAUUUAGAAGGGGUUGCUUCCACAGAGACUCAUACCUCCUUAGUUCAAAGUGGACAAGGUACCCGGCCUGAGUCAGAUGCCCUAAAUAAUCCUAGCGACUUAUGUGAUUCAUCCUUAGUUGGUUCAGCCUCUACUAAGAUGGAAUCUGUAACGAACUCGACAACUUAUGCUGCGAACAUCCAAGAGAUGAAUGCAGAUCCCAGUUUGCAACAAAAGUUUGAGGAGGCUACUGAGGGCAGUAAGUCUCAUAGUGCUUCUGCAUCUGAUGAUGAUAGUACAGCCGUAGCAGCCCUAAAAGAUGUGGCAGAUGGUGGACCUACUACCAAUAACAGUAAUCCACCAACUUCCACACAGAUUUCUAAAGAUGAUGAAAAUGGAUCAAGGAAAUCUGGAGUCUUGAGGACUACAUCUAUGAUGGAAGAAGACAUUGGGCCUGAUGACGAUGAAAAUGAGCAGAGUAGUGAUGGAGAUGAGAAACUGGGUGACGACUAUGAUUUCUCUUCAAGAACAGCGUUUGAUACCCAGAGUUCGUUUUCAACCAAUAGAAGAAAGUCCAAUAUUGAUGUCGAGUACGGCAUAGUUGAUGCGUUAGAAGUUGCACGACUAGUUGCUCAGGAAGUUGAGAGGGAAGUGGUUGACUAUAGAGAACCAUCGGGCACUUCUUCAGAAAAGAUAGAGGGAAGUCCUCAUAAUGAGCAGCCUGGUAGCCCAGAUUCAGUAAGUGGGAAAGAAGACCAAGCUGGAACUGAAGACCUUCCAUCUUCACAGAAAGCAUUGCCUGAUUUUGACGAGAUAAAUAAGGCAGAGAAUGACAUAAAUGAGAAAAUGGAGUCCUCUCAUGUGACUGAACCAGCUCAAGAACCUAAAGUUGUGGAGAAAGGAUUCUGUGGGUUCGAUCUUAACGAAGAAUUCUCUUCAGAUGAUGCGGCAGAUCAUCCUGCAGACCUGGUCUCUGCUCCGAUCUCUAUUGUUUCAGCUUCAAGGCCGGCAGCAGCAGCUUCAGCAUCACCUGCUGCCCCAUUGCACUUUGAAGGAUCGCUUGGAUGGAAGGGAUCUGCUGCCACUAGUGCUUUUCGUCCAGCUCCCCCUCGCAAGGUUGAUAACAACAUUGAAACUGGAGCAGCAAGCAGCAGUAAUUCAAAACAGAAGCAUGGUUGGCUUGACAUUGAUCUAAAUAUCAGUGAGAGUGCAGAUGAGAAUGCAGGGGACUUGAUGCUGGGGGGAAGGCAAAUCCCAACAUCUUCAUCAUUUCAACGAGGGGAAGAGUCUUCUUUUGACUUUGUGGGCCCUGCUAAAUCAGAAAGGCCCAACCUCGAUUUAAAUCGCAUGAGCGAUGAUAGUGAGACGAAGCCACAGUCGAAUAUGAGGAAGGAGGAAGGGCUGUUUUUUCUCCGGAAUGGCCAUCACCGCAGUCCAUCUCCUGCUUCUUCAUCUUCGUUGCGGCCUUCAUCGAGGAACUUUGAUUUGAAUGAUAGACCUCUUUUCCAAAAUGAUCCCCUUGAUCAGGGAUUAUAUAACGGCAAGUCUUCUCUUGGUUUGAGUAUUUAUAAUGGAGGAGUAUCAAGACCAGGCGGAGAUCCGGUUAUUUCUAUCAUGGGAGCAAAAGUGGAAGUAGGUGGUCGAGCAGAAGUUGGCAGAAGGGAUUUCUUUUUCCCUCAGACCCCAUCCAUGUCCAUUCCAAAUGGGAAGCCAUUGGUGGAGCCUGCAAUGGAUACUUCCAACGUUGCAAGAUUAGGAGUUAUGGGUAUGGUACCGACAGGAGCAGGAUCAUCCUAUGCAUCUUCUCCUCCCGUGUUUGGUUACCAUCCUAUGUCUCUCUCCCCGGCAGCAAUGUAUGGACCACCAGGAGGUACAAUCCCAUACAUGGUGGAUUCAAGAGGGGCCCCUGUGGUACCUCAAAUUAUGGGAUCUGGAUCAGCUGUUGUUCCUCCACCAUAUUCGCAGCAGCCGUUCAUCAUGAACAUGGCUGCCGGUGGGCCCCUCGGUUUAAAUGGUGCUGGACCCUCGUCGCGAACAAGCUUCGACCUCAACUUGGGGUUUCCAAUCGACGGAGGAAGCAGCAGCAGCAGCGGCGGGUUGAGGCAGUUUUUUGUGACUGGUGGUCAAGGCACCUGGUCUGUUGAUGAGCAUUUAAGGUCCAACCCACAGCCUUCCUCCUCGAGUUCUGGAAUGGCCGCGGGUAAACGUAAGGAACCAGAUGGUGGGUGGGAACCCUACUCCCUACAUUAUAAACAACCUCAACCUCCGUGGAGAUGAAUCUAUUUAUUGUCUUCUUCUCUCAGAUGAAUCAGUCAUAACUGAAUAAGAAGCAAGUAGCAGGAGUGGAGAGGAUCUGGAAAGGUGUGGGGGGAUGUAGUCAUGCUUUGAUUUGUGGGAUCGGAUUAGUAGGUGAAAAGAGGGAUGAAGAUGAAAAGAAAGACUUCAGUGUAGGGUUCUUGUUUUAUUCAAGUUUUGGGGUUUCAAUUGCCUUUUCUUCAUUAACUUUCUUAUCUGUGUUUUCUUAUACUACAUAUAUGGGGCAGGCAGGUUGGUUCGAUCACAGGAAGAAUUGGGUACACGUAGAAUUGUAAUCUCUCUCUCUCUCAUCUUUUUCUUUACAUAGCACACAGAUUUCAUAGGGAUGAACUGCUCUGUCUUUGUUGCCUCUUCUCUGGCAUUUUCUCAUAUAAAGGGCUCCUACUAGAUUAAGAAAAGUAGCAAAGUUCUCUUGUUCCUUUCUUUCGCUGGGUUCCAUUAUUGUAUUUGUGAGAAGAAAUUAAGAAGCAACUGUAAUCGUUGCGGUGUUCCUGAUUAAUCCCAACUGCUGAUGUUUCUUCGAAUUUGGAUGUUCAGCCAGUGUGGAGAAAGCUUUCCUAUAAAAAGGAUAUUUUUAU